AUGUCGCUCGAGUUCCAGCGCGUCUCCAAGCUCGCGUCCGACGCCGAGAUGGAGCUGCGCAAGGAGAAGCAGGCGCACCUCGACUACGUCCUCGCCGCCGAGUCGGAGACCCGCAAGCUCGAGUCCAAGGUCGAGGGCCUCGAGCUGUCGCUGCAAAAGGCCAAGGCGCGCGCCGACGCAUACGAGGCACAAAAGGUUGAGCUGAAGGAGGAGGUCGAGAGCCUCGAGGCGCAGCUCGACGAGUACAAGAUCAAGCUGGAAAAGAGCCAGGCAGCAGCAGCCAAGCUCCGCAAGCACAUCAAGACCAAGCAGGCCGAGCUUGCCGAGCUCCGCGCCGCGACCGACAACGAGCGGUCUGCGCGCGCCGACGCUGUCGGCUCGGAGCAGGAGAUGCGGCGGAUCUACGACGAGAUGACCCGCGAACGCGACCUGCUCAAGCUCGACAAGGAGGCGCUGGAGACCGAGCUCAACGCGUACGCCGGCGAGAAGAAGGCCAUGCGUGAGGCUGUCGAGGUUGCCGACAAGACCGUCGACGAGCUGCGGAGCCAGGUGACGGACCUCCGCCAAGAGCUCAAGGCUGCCGUUGUCAAGCACGCUGCCGACCUGGCGGAGAUCGACCUCCAGCACCAGAAGAAGAUCGCCGAGCUCAACACGGCGCACACCGACGCCAUGCAGCCGCUCAAAGACGAGUACGCGGCCACGCUCAAGGCUCGCGACAUCCAGCACGCCGCAGACAUGGAGGCGGCGCUGGAGAAGCUCCGCGUCGAUGUCUCGGCCCACCAGGAAGCCAAGAUGCAGGCUGAAGUCGAGAUGCGCAAGGCGCUCGCCGAGCGCCAGUCGCUCAUCGACUCGCGCAACAAGACGCUUGACCAGCUCAACGCCGCCGUCACCCUGCAGAAGGAGCAGGAGGCGCUGCUGGACGUUGCAGUUGGCGAGAAGAACGCUGCCCUCGCCUCGCGUGACCUGGUCAACAAGCAGCUCGAGACCAUCAACGAGAAGCUCGAGGCGACGCUGGCCGAGCUCGAGGACGAGAAGCGGGCCCACCGGUCGUCACAGCUAACGGUCAACGCGCGCGACGAGCGCAUCAAGCGGCUUGUUCGUAUGCUCGACGAGGAGCAGAUGAUGAUUGUCGACCUCAACUCCAAGGUCAACCAGUCGGCCGCGGCUGUCGCCUCCAUCGCCGAGUCGCUUAGCCAGCUCGGCAAGGGCGCGGUCGAGCAGGCCCAGCUCUUGCGCGAGACCGAGGGCGAGGGCUCGACUGACUUUUCCGCGUACGACAACACGCCCCAGCUCAAGGAGCAGCAACGCCUGCUCGAGCUGCAGAAGGCGCAGAUGGAGGAGCAGGCCAAGCUCGCAGCCGCUAUUCAGGAGCAGGCCGCCGCCACGCUCGCCGAGCAGGCUGUCACCCGCGAGGCCAUGCAGCAGCAGCACGCCGACCUCAAGGGCGUCGUCGAAGAGGUCCGUGAGGUUGUCAAAAAGGGCGGGGUCAUGGAGGAGCCGCCGGCUGCCACCACGCCGGCGCCGAUGCCUAUUGCUGGCGCCGACGACGACGACGAGGACGACCCCUUUGCCGCUAUGGAGGCUGCCGAGGAUGGCGGCGGCGACGUCGAGGAUCCGUUUGCGGUCCUCGACGCCGAAGACGGUGGCGAUGAUAACAAGAGCGACGCCGGCCGUGACCGCAACGACCGUCGCGAGAAGAGCAGCCGUCGCGACAAGGGCGAGGUCCGUGACCGUCGCGAGAAAAAGGAUGACCGUGACCGUGAUCGCGACCGUGACCGUGACGGUGACCGUCGCGAGAAGAGCGACCGCAGCUCUCGCCGCGGUGACCGCGACCGCGACCGCGACCGUGGCGAUCGUCGCGACCGCGGCCGCGGCCGUGAUGACCGCGACCGUGACAGCCGCGACGAGCAAGUCGUCGAGGUUGCCCAUGACCCGUUUGGCGAGCCGGAUGAGAAGCCCGAGUCGAGUCGCAAGAGCCGGUCGUCGCGCGGCCGCGACGCCGAGGCUGAGUCUGAGAGCGACCGCCCGCGCUCGUCACGCUCGUCGCGCUCGUCGCGCCGCGGCGAGAGCAAGGACGAGGCAAAGGAGAGUGACCGCCCGCGUUCAUCGCGUUCGUCACGCUCAUCGCGCCGCGACGCCGAGGUUGAGCCCGAUACCGACCGGGAGAGCCGCCGCAGCGGCGACAAGCGGAGCCGCGACAGCGACCGCAGUCGCGACAAAGACGCUGCCGAAAAGGAUGAAAAGGCCGAGAAGGCCCGCCCGGCAUCGCGGUCGAGUCGCUCCAGCCGCGACCGCAAGCGUGAGAAGGAUGCCAGUGAUAAGGACGACAAGGCCGAGAAGGAGCGUCCGUCGUCGCGGUCGAGCCGUUCCAACCGCGACCGCAAGCGCGACGAUGACCGCAAGCGCGGUGAGCCCAAGACAGGAGCGUCGAGCAAGGACAAGGACAAGGACAAGGACAAGGAUGAGGACAAGUCGACGUCGACAUCGUCCAGGCGCGGCGGAAGCUCGCGCCGAAGCAAGGCCAAGGCCAUCAUGGAGUCUGACGACGACGACGUCCUUGCACCCUCGCCGCCGAAGCGCAACUCGUCGAGAAAGGCGUCCAGCAAGAAGCGGCGACCGAUCGCCGACGACCUCUUUGCCGGCCUCGACGGCGACGAUGACGACGACACGCCCGCCGCAACCGGCUCCGUUGACGACGACAACGGCGCGCCCGCCGAAGAUGUUGAUCCCGACACCGUGGAAGAGUGCAUGUCGUGCGAGGCCACCUUUACCAAGAUCAAGCGCAAGCACCAGUGCAAGAAGUGCAACAAGGUCUUCUGCGCCCGUUGCUGCCGCAAGCAGAAGGAUCCAUCUUCUGCUGCCCUUGUCCGUGUCUGCACCCCAUGCAUGAAGAGCUAA